AUGUCGACCCUCCCGGUGCUGCCGGCAGAUAUCCACUUGCCUUCGCACCUCCAGGCCCUAUGUCUGACGUCGAAAGCGCUAUGCGACCUCGCCAGGCCUCGACUGUAUCGGAAGGUCACCAUCAACGUACUCGAUCCAUCGGAAGUGGCACGCUUCGAGAAUUGCAUGGCCGCAGGUGCCGAGGCGCAUCUUGACGCUACAAGGAGCUUGACGUUGAUGGACAGCCUUCCCCCAGCAGAAGCUCCCGAGUUCCAGACCAAGCCGCAUCGACGCUUCGACCGUGAAGGCAGACUCGAGGACCUAUUUCAAUUACAAUACCUCGACUGUGUGCGAACUGCGGACCUCUGGCUCCCCCAUCCAGAAGAAACCUGGUCGGAAUUGGAGGAAGAGAACUUUCUGGACUCCCUGGAGGACAUCGGCAAGUAUAACGAUCUGGAGAGACUGUACCUUGGAACCAAGUUUGAUAGGUAUUCACACGAUCUUAGCCGAAGACUCGCCGAAGCCUUUUCGUCUCUAGACGAAUCGUAUGGGCGCCUAGAGAAGCUUCGCCAACUUUCAAUAUCCGGAAUCCCUCUCGGCAUCGAUACAUACGGACUCAGCAAGAUUAUAUCGUUUCCUCAGCUCACACAUUUGACUCUUUGGGCAUGUUCCUGCAGCCAAAGGUUCAUCUCCAAUUUGGUACAUGAGCUUGGCGACCAGGACUUAUCGUUGAAACAUCUAGGACUGGAGCUAGUCGACGACGACGAGGUGGAAGACCCGGACGAUGAUACUCCCUACGAAGAGGACGAUGACGCCGUCGAAGAGUUGAUUAGCCGCUGUCCUGAAUUGAAAAGUCUGUGUUUGCAGUGGAGUGAUAGGGGGUGGAUAGAUUUCACGUUGGAGUCCUUCAAGCAAAUUCUGGCGAUUGUUGGACAGCAGCUUGUUGUUCUCUCGAUACACAUGUGGGACACUAGAGGGCGCUUAGAUGACAGCGAACCACCAUUUUGGGAAGAGAUAUCUCUAGCAUGUCCAAACUUGGAACAACUCGCGUUCAAUCUUAGCUCAGGUAUAAUGUUGAAUUACAAAGGCGGGUUCGAUCCAGACUUGGUAAGACUGUACAGUAUCUGA